AUGGGAACCAGUCUACCCCACGACCAGACCUAUGAGUCGCUGUCCAAGCCCCAGAACUCCAACUACCAGGCCUCUCCAGAGGUCAUUGUCGUGCCCGCCUCCACCGAGCAUGUCGCUGCGACUGUCAAAUGCGUGGCCGCCAAAAAGGGCAAUGUGACACUCAGUCCUCGGGGGGGAGGGCACAGCUAUGCUGCGUAUAGCUUCUCAGGCCAAGUGGUCCUCGACCCGAGUCGCAUGAGAAGGAUCUCCAUCGACGACGCGAGGAGGAGAGCGACUGUGCAAUUCGGGCAGACGCUGGGUCCGUUGGCGACAGCUCUCGGGAAAAGGGGCUAUGCGUUGCCUCAUGGCACUUGUCCUACUGUUGGUGUGGCGGGUCAUUCCAUGGGCGGGGGAUGGGGGUUUCCGUCUAGAAAAUGGGGAUGGCUGGUUGAUCGAAGUAAUGUGGGACUCGAGUUUGUCGAUGUGAACGGGAACAUUAAGCAACUGAGCCCUAGCUCAACGGGACAGGAUGCCGAGCUAUGGUGGGCGCUGCGCGGUGCAGGGUCGAACAACUUCGGUGUGGUUACGGCGUUCACAUUCUCACUGGAACAGGCCCCGACAAACGUUGUCAACUACGAACUCUACUUUGGACCAGAAUCAGAUUGUGUUCAGGUCCUCUUGCAAGUCCAGGGGCUCGGUCAACUUCCCGCCGACAGUCCGGACGGACUUCCUCUUGACUUAGGGAUCGAAGUCCUCCUCAUGGGCCGAGACAAUAACCAGGGCAGCGCCUGCAUCCUACAAGGCCAGUAUCUCGGCAAGCGAUCCGCAUAUGAAACUGCCAUGAACAAGAUUCUACAAAAGCUUGCCGCGCAAGGCAUCAAGCCCGUUCGAUCCGAAUCCAAGGUUAAAGAAUUCAAUAGCUGGGUUGCCGCACUCACCGACCUCAUGGGUCCCUUAGAAGCACCGGAUGCACCUCUGCCUUACUACGCUCAGUCCGCCAUUGACAAUGGUGCACCCGCAUACGAUAAAAACCAGGUGAAGCUCAUUUUCGACGGGCUUCGCGCAGCAAGACAAACCAAGGGCUCAGAGCCCGAUGUGUCCUUCGACUUACUCGGUCCGGAUGCGAAGACUAAUCUUCCCACGUCGAGUGGUGAUAUGGCGUAUAUCCAUCGGACGAGUCUAUUCCUGGUUCAGAUCUACUCAGCCUAUUUCCCGGGGUUUGGGGAUUCUGCGGCCCGUCAAGAUGCAGUGGAUAAGGUUACCAGGAUUACGAAUGCUGUGAGGAUGCCGAGGCCCGGUAGUGAGUGGCACUCGUAUCAGAAUUAUAUUGAUCCCCAUUUGGCGAACUUUGGGCGCGAGUAUUAUGGUGGUGCGUUAGAGCGGUUGAAAUCGAUCAAGGUUGCGGCGGACCCUGAUGUGGUUUUUGAUUUUCCUCAGGGGUUGAGUCAUGGAUGA